AUGAAGGGGAAGAGGAAUAAGCCUGGGGUGGAGGCCGCCAGUUCUCCAGAUUCUGUGAGAGGUCGAGGGGAAAAUAAAGCUAUCAACCACAAUGACAUGGACAGAGACUUUUGGAAUAACAAUGACAGCAGCAACGUGCAACAGAGGUGGAGCUCCUACCCGCCCAAGGAGUUCCUCUUAAACAUGUCUCCCUAUGCCCCCUACGGAGACCCUCGCCUCACGCCCAAUGGGGCCGGGGAUAAGGGUGGGCAUGGCGGUGCUGGACCCUCGCCGGGGGCCAGUGACAGCGGGGUUGGUGCUUGCUCUGGGGCGGGGCCCAGUCGCAGUGACAGCGUUCGGAGCAUGUUGACGGGGGGAAGCAAGGCCGGGCGCUGGCAGACCAUCCAGAGCCACAUGCAUGCCGGAGGCCUACGGUUUAGCAAUUUCGGAGAUGCUUCCCUCUCCUCUGCCUCCACGCUGGAACACAUCCCAUCCUCGGCCGUGGGGCGCCCUCGUCCCCUGGUCCGCCAGCAAAGCCUCCAACAGCCCCUCACUCACCAACCCCCCCCGGGUCCUAACGACCCCCCAGUAACCUCACAGAGCCUGGGCCAGCUGCACACAGGCCCGGGAGGCGGGGGCCAUCGCGGGGGCCCGCGCGGGGUCCGGGGGAGCCCGGCUGGAGCCUCCCGGUACAGAGGAACUGGGGCAGGUCGAUCGAGGUCAAACCCCGGCAGCUGGGAUCACAUGAUGGAGCAGAUCCGCCACAGAGGACUGGAUGUCAAAUCGUUUUUUGAGGGGAAGAUGGUUGUUCUGUCUCUAGCAAUCGGCCUGGCUGAGCAGGAUGACUUUGCCAACCUCCCAGAUCUACAGGAAGCCCCCGCAGAUGAAGACACUCCGGAAAAGAGGACUCCAGGUAAAGCAGGGAGCAGCCCCAGAGGUCAGACCCCCGACGAGAGUGGCCGCCGUCACGAUGCCAACUCCUCCGUGUCUGACCUGGCCAACUCCGUCACCAGUGACAUGGUAACACCCACUAUCAACACGCUGUCUCCAGGUUCGGAGGAAGAUGACCACGAGGUUCCGGUGUGUGAGAAGCUGGGUCGUGUUCAGUUCAGUGUCGGAUACAGUUUUCAGGACUCCACCCUUACUGUCAAAAUCCUCAAAGGCCAGGAUUUACCUGCCAAGGACUUUUCCGGCACCUCUGACCCGUUUGUCAAACUGUACCUGCUGCCAGAUAAGAAGCACAAACUGGAGACCAAAGUCAAGAGGAAGAAUCUGAACCCUCACUGGAACGAGACCUUCCUGUUUGAAGGGUUCCCCUAUGAUAAGGUGGUCCAGAGGACUCUGUACCUGCAGGUUCUGGACUACGACCGCUUCAGCAGGAACGACCCCAUAGGAGAGGUGUCCAUCCCUCUCAACAAACUGGACCUGGCUAACAUGCAGACUUUCUGGAAGGAGCUGCAACCAUGUAGCGAUGGCAGCGGGAGUCGAGGGGAUCUGCUUGUGUCUCUGUGCUACAACCCCACAGCCAACACCAUCACUGUGAGCAUCAUCAAAGCCCGCAACCUCAAAGCCAUGGACAUUGGAGGCACUUCUGACCCCUAUGUAAAACUGUGGUUGAUGCACAAGGACAAGCGUGUGGAAAAGAAGAAGACGGUGACCAUGAAGCGCUGCCUGAACCCGGUUUUCAACGAGUCCUUCCCGUUCGACGUGCCUGCCCACGUGCUGAGGGAGACCACCAUCAUUAUCACCGUCAUGGACAAGGACAGGCUCAGUCGCAAUGAUGUCAUUGGAAAGAUUUAUCUUUCCUGGAAGAGCGGCCCUGCAGAGGUAAAACACUGGAAAGACAUGAUGGGUCGUCCUCGUAACCCCGUGUCCCAGUGGCAUGCUCUGAAGGCCUGAGGGACCUCAAACAUGCCGAUAGUGUUUUCUCCCCUCACGAUUCAGCCUCCCCUCAGCACAUCCCCCUUACUCCCUAACUACAGUCUUGGGUGCAGACAAUGUGUGUCAUCUCUUUGUUCUCAGGCCUCUUUGAUAUCCUCCGCCCUCAGCCCUUGUGACAGCAUCCUUACAUUUUAACCCCUCAUCAAGUUUAAAUUCCCACCCGACCCCCGUCUCAUCUCUUUGUCUGAACUUAAAAAUGGCUUUGAUGUCUUUACUCACUUCCUCCUUGUGGCCUAUUUCUAUGAGAUUUUUUUCAUUCAGAAGCUCCUUGGUCUUUUUUCUCCCUUGUCAGCCAUUCCCAGUGUUUAACAUCAGAGCAGUACCUCUUACCACCCAUAAAUACAAACUACCAACCAAAAAUGGACCAAAAUCAUAUUCCAACUAUUCUCUGUGGCGGCAAGACUGCAGCACUCAAUCCAUUUACCCACUUCACCUGAUGAAGCAAUGAAGAAUGCUACGCUCUGCACCUCGCCUCUUCUUUACAGAUAUUUUCUGUUCCUGUCAUUAUUCCUCCAUACCCCCAAAACGCCUGAAAAAUCAGGAAAACCGACACAGGCAAUGGAAGAGGGAUGGGUGUUAUUUAAGAUGGAAUCGGACUCUCAUCACCCUGUUCAUGUGUUUGAUAUUUUCUCACUUUUCCCUGUUUUUCUGGCACCACUGUAAUAAUUGUCCCUUGGCUGGAACCCUUUGUUGUCUGUGCUUGAUGUGGGUGAUGUGCUGUAACCCCAAAUGAAGAUCUUCAUGGGAAAAAAAGGAUGUAAACAUUUAAUGCUGACCAGUGUCAGAAAAAAAAGUUACUUUUUUUUGGAAAAUAAUUCCCGAUGGACAGAAAAAAAGUCAAGUGAUUAAUGUUGUGUUUUUCUUUUUUGGUAUUAAAAAAAACCGUAGAGAAUCAACCUGUUCUUCCAGACACAGAAAAUAAGCAAAAAGCCAACGUGUGUGUGUGUGUGUGUGUGUGUGUGUGUGUGUGUGUGUGUGUGUGUGUGUGUGUGUGUGUGUGUGUGUGUGUGUGUGUGUGUGAGUAUUUUGGACAUGAACAGCUUAAUUAGGAUAAGACGAAGAUAUUUUUUGAAAACAGCCCUUGAUAAUAACAGUGAACGUAAGGUAUUAUUAGAAGUCGUAGUGUUGAAGUUAGCUGAAGGCGAGGGGAGGUCACUGAGGUUAGGGCCGGUCCACCUAAAUCACUGACACGCAUACAUACAGUAUUUUCUAAUUUGCCCCUAAGCCAGGCAGAUAGUUUCAGAUGUAUAUGUUGUGGGUUUGAUCCCCUGAAAUUACCGCCGCCGCCCUAAAUGCAAAGAGAUAAAUAGUAUUUCAAUAUAAUGCUCUGCCUCUGAAAUGGCUUCAGAGACAGCAGCAUGUCUCUCCAGAAACAAUGUUCUGGUUAAUCUCAUAAUCCACAAACCCCACAGUGAAUUGUUUUCACUGGGACUGGGAGAAGGCGGUGAAAAUGGCUAAAUUUAUCAUUUGAGCUCAACAAACAAAAUGAACCUCAAUCAUAUUUCUUUGGAGGGAAGGCUGUCAGCAGCACAACAGAAACUCAAACGGAAACUCCCUGCAUGGCUUGAUAUCAAGAGGGGUUCUUGUACUCGUGAUAAAAAAACUCAAUGUCCCCUCACUAGCUUUUUUUCCUACGUUUUUUCAAUCACAACUCAGUUAUUUCGAAGAAGACCAAAAAAUGUUCAACAGAGCCGCCUGACAAUUGGUCAAUAUUGUGCAAGCCAUGAAUAGAACAACAUUUUUAAUGAGAUGCAGUUCUAAUGAAAAAUCUAGAAAGCUGAUCUUUUAUUUAUUUCUCUCUCCUACCCAUAAAAUGUGAUUUAGGUAAACUGACAAUUUAUGAUAGCCGGCAGUAAAUGACUUUGUUAGGGUUAUAGACUCUAAUAUAUUACUAAAUCAAAUGUAGAUAAAAUGUUUCCAUUAUUAAUUUGUGCAUCAAAACACUCAUUUUCACCGAGCACUAUGAGUCCAAGGACAACAUAAACAUGAUUUUAGUUUCUUGGGCUUUUAAAGUAAGUACAAAACAGUCUUCCAGGUGUUUGCCUCGCUGCCUGAGUGUGGCCUCCCCCAUGUAGACAUUUGUGAAAUACAUGACAGUAAUAAUAUUUGGGGGGAAAGUCUUUAUACAUACUGUUCGUUUUGUCUACUGGAAGUGUGUAUGUGUGUGAGUGUCAAUAUUUGAACUUGAGUUUGUGUGAUUGUAUUCUCUGUGAGUCCCUCUGUGUGUAUAUAUCUGCACUGAGUUCUAUUUUGCCAGUUUAAUACAGAACAUUGUUUACCGUUUUUAUUCUGUAUAAAACAAUCCAGAUGUACAAAGAGAUAUGUUUUUUUAAAGUUGUCACUUCUUUAAAAAUCACUGCACUUGUUGACAAUGAUGCUGGAACAAACCUCUCUUCGUGGCAGGGUUUUUUUCCUCGUGUGGUUUUCAAGAACGCUUGGCUUGAAAAGAGAAGCAAAUCUGUUACGCAUGAGCUGAGAGGGAAGGUCGAAGGAAAAUGUCACAAACAAGCUUUACGACAGAUUCAUAAAACCCUGUCUUUCUCCAUACAUAACGUUUAAGUUCAAACAGGAGCAGCUACAACAUUUCGUCCCAUCUGUCCUUUAGAUCUGAUUCACUAAGACCAAAAAUAAUGAAGGGUGGCACCUUAGCAUCACAACUGACGCUCCCCAAACCCCCCCCCCGUCGUGCACACAUGCUUUCUGGCACAAAGUGUUCUGUGUGUGCCUUAUACACCUUGCCAAGUCUUUGCUCUUCACCAUAUGUGCUCCCCCGCUCCAAGUGUCAUGGAGAAAGGGGGGGAGAGGAAA